AUGGGCGUUACGGGAACUGACUACCUUCAUGUAACAAAACGCUUUGGCAUAGUAGCUGUGGCGCAACUACCCACACAUUUUGUCCUUGCAGUCAAAUCUCGAUACAAUCCUUUAGCACUGGUUUUCAACACAUCAUACGAGAGACUGCUACCAUGGCACCGAAUAUCCGGCAGACUGAUAUUCCUUCUGAUCGUCGUCCAUGUGACAUUGUACCUGAACUACUUUAUCCAAACGGCAACGCUGCAAGAGCACCUCACCUCGCUCAAGAUCAUCAUUGGCAUCAUAUCAUUCAUGUCACUUUUCGCCAUGAUGAGCACCAGCAUUGGGGCCGUCCGUUGUCGCAACUAUCGGAUAUUCUACAUCACGCACUCGGUGCUUGCAUCCCUCCUCCUGAUCUUUCUCACCUUUCACGCAAAGUCUCUGCGCUGGUACAUCAUUGAGACACUGGCUGUUAGCCUUCUAGCCCUACUCAGCCGUCUAGAUACCAUCACCGCGUAUGCGACCAUCUCCCGUAUCCCCCGAACGAACCUCAUCAGCGUGCAAAUUCCUAUUCCCGCAUCAAAAGUACAAAGAUUCCGAACAGCGCCAGGCCAACACGUCUUCUUAUCCUUACACGCAGAGACAGCGAUGAAGAUCAAAUCAUCGCUCAUACAGAACAUGUUCCUCCGAAAUCCAUUUACUGUCGCGAAUGUCUCGGAGAACAAUGAGAUCACCCUCGUUGCGCGGGUACAAGAUGGUCCGACGUCCAGAGCCUUGGAUGCGCUGGUGGAUUCGGCGGAGAAGCCAAGUCUGGUCGAACUCUACGGACCUUUUGGGAGUAUUCCACACUUCGCAGAGCUAGGAAGGGAGUGUGAUCGAAUUCUUGUUGUGGCGGGUGGAGUUGGCGCGACGUUUGCUUUGCCGGUCUACCGUGAACUGAAGGAGCAAGUUGAAGCGGAGGGCAAGGGUCAAGAUAGGAUUACAUUUGUGUGGUCCAUGAAGACGCUGGAAGAAGCUGCGUGGGUGGUGGGAUUGGCGAAUGGGCAGACCUUAACCCAAGAUGAGAACGUCAAAGUAUAUCUGACUCAGUCCUAUCAUAUGCGCAGACAAAAGCCUUCCCCGGAUGAGAGUGUCGAGUUAGAGGAGUUACAAGCGCAGAGAAAAGUCGUAUGGUCAUCCGCGGAAACUGGACGGCCUGACCUAGGCAACAUCGUGGACGAUGUUCUCGGCGAGUCUGAUGAGCGCGUAGCUGUGCUCUUCUGCGGACCACCAGGAAUGGGAAGGGUAUUACGGGAAAAGAUUGGCAGGUAUGUACGGAAAGGAAGAGAUGUUUGGUGGCAUGCCGAAGCCUUUGGCUGGUGA